AUGGAUACAGAGAAAAAAGGUGACAUUUCCCCACCUUCUGUCGCCUAUCUAAAUUCUUUGCCCGACAAAUACGGAUGGCAAAGGGAAAAUGAACAUGGAUACCGCAUCAAGGAACAGCUUUACGGAACACAGCGUCCGUUGCGGGUCAUUUACGUUGGAGCUGGGGCAUCGGGCAUCUGCUUCAGCAAGUUCAUGCAAGAUCGAAUGAAAGAUGUGUCUUUGGUAUGCUACGAUAAAAACGAGGAUAUUGGAGGAACAUGGCUUGAGAACAGAUAUCCUGGAUGUGCAUGUGACAUUCCAUCCGUCAAUUAUCAGUUUACCUGGGCGCGAAAGCCUGACUGGUCCCAUUUCUACUCGUAUUCGGAAGAAAUCUGGCAGUAUUUCAAGGACGUCGUGGAUAGAUUCGAUCUUACGAAGUUUUUCAGGCUCCGGCAUCAGGUUGUUGGGGCAUACUGGGACGAUGAAAAAGGUGUAUGGGACGUCCACGUGAAAGAUCUGACUAAUGGGAAGACUUUCGUUGAUAGUGCGGAAAUCUUCAUUAACGGAGGCGGUAUUCUGAAUGCUUGGAAAUGGCCAAAUAUUCAGGGUUUAUCUGACUUCAAGGGCAAACUAUGUCAUACCGCAAAUUACGAUACAAAGAUUCAGCUGCAUGGAAAACGUGUUGCUGUGAUUGGAAUCGGAUCUAGCGGUAUCCAGGUCAUUGCCAAUAUUGCGAACAAGGUCUCUCAAUUAUACACCUGGGUGAGAUCGCCUACAUGGAUUACAGCCGGCUUUGCGCAGAAGUAUGCUGGCCCUAAUGGUGCGAAUUUCGAAUAUACUCCCGAACAAAAGCAAGAUUUUGCGGAAAGAUAUCUAGAGUACCAAGAUUACUGCAAAGCUAUCGAGAAUGAGCUUAAUCAGCGAUUCAAAUUUAUUCUGAAUGGAACACCGGAAGCCGCUGAGUCGAAACAGUUUGCGAUCGAUCAAAUGAAAGAGAAGUUACAUGGCAAACUCGAGCUGGCUGAAAAGAUAAUUCCGACUACAUUCCCAGUAGGAUGCAGACGACCGACACCCGGUAAUGGGUUUUUAGAAGCUUUGACACUGCCUCAUGUUCACACAUUCACCGGAGAAGUGCAGAAAAUAACUCCCAAGGGAUUCGUUGAUCACUUUGGGGUAGAACAUGAGGUGGACGUUAUUAUCUGCGCUACUGGAUUCGAUACAUCGUGGAGUCCUAGAUUCCCGGUAGUAGCCAAUGGUAAGAAUGUUCAGGACCUAUAUGCCGAGAAGCCGAUUUCAUAUCUUGCAAUCGGAGUGCCAGAAAUUCCAAAUUACUGGACAAUGGGAGGCGCUUAUGGUCCCGUUGGACACGGUUCCUUUCUCCCUAUCAUCGAGCUACUAUCCACACACAUACUAUCAAUCAUUAAGAAGAUGCAAACAGAAAACAUUCGAUCACUGGCACCCCGUCGUGAAAGAGCAGAGGCUUUUGUAGAGCACGCUGACCUCUUCCUAAAGCGAACAGCCUGGAGCUCCGGUUGUUCUAGUUGGUUUAAACGGGGUAGGAAUGAUGGGCCAUUGACUAUGUUCCCUGGAUCUCGUUGCAACCCGUUCGAGUUUCUCGGUACUGGUUUUACAAUAGGCGAGUUUGAUGGUAGUGACCUCUCCUAUUACCUUGGGACGAAAGAGAACCCAGGUGCUUUGCUACCGCUGUGA